UGAUAGACAGAAAGAAAACGCAGAGGCAGAGACCACUCGCCUCCAGUCCCGUUCCUCUCGGUCACCUCCCCCUCCGGUACGCACGAGAAGAGGAAGAGGUGCACCCACGGCGAAAGUGGCAAGGCAGGAAAGUCAGAGCAUGGCGCCGGUGAAGGUGUUCGGGUCGGCGGCGUUCACGAACGUGGCUCGGGUGCUGGUGUGCCUGGAGGAGGUCGGCGCCGACUACGAGAUCGUCGACAUCGACUUCCACGUCAAGGAGCACAAAGGCCCGGAACACCUCGCCAGAAACCCAUUUGGACAGGUUCCAGCGUUCCAGGACGGGGACCUGAUGCUGUUCCAGUCCAGAGCAAUAUCACGGUACGUUCUGAGCAAGUACAGGACUGACCAGGUCAACCUGCUGAGGGAAGGCGACGCCGAGGAGUCGGCGCUCGUCGACGUCUGGCUGGACGUAGAGGCCCACCAAUACGACCCCGUCAUGGGCUCGGUCUUCUUCCAGCACCGCGUCGUCCCAGCGCUGGGCGGGAUGCCGGACGAAACCAUCAUCGGCGAGAGCGUCGAGAAGCUGAGGAAGGUGCUCUACGUGUACGAGGCACGGCUGACGAAGCACAGGUACCUGGCGGGGGAUUUCGUGAGCCUGGCGGACGUCAGUCAUUUACCUGAGGCGCACUACGGGCAUGCCCAAUGCAUAGCCCUAGGGAUGCCAUACGCGGCGGUGUUCGACUCGUAACCUCGCGUCAGGGCGUGGCUGGAGGAUCUGUUCGCCAGAUCGGCAGUCAAAAAGGUCGUCUCGCUCAUGGCCAAGGACUUCAGUGGAUGACGUGAGAGUCUUCAUGGAUGGCGCCUGAUUAACCUCUUACUAGUAGGAUCUGAGAAGUAUCUUGUUUGAAGAUUGUACACUUGCCUUUGUCCAGUGAGAAAAGUCAAAUUAUGUUAUUGUCAUGUAUAUAUGUUGGAUA